UUAUCAGCGCAAAUAACUGCCGCACCGAUCCGGGUCCGAACUCAGUCGGAAGACAGAAACUUAGGUGGAAUGACUUGGAUCGCUGUGCUCGUUGUUUGCCUCGCGGCAAUUGCUGUCCAGGGGGAAGUACCGAUAGUGACGAGGGCCGAGUGGAACGCCCGACCCGCGAGCGGACCCAUGGACAGCAUGGAGACUCCCUUACCCCGGGCUGUGAUCGCCCAUACCGCCGGCGGAGGCUGCACGGACGAUGUCUCCUGCUCCCAGCAAAUGCGCAAUCUGCAAAACUUCCAGAUGUCCAGACAGAAGUUCUCUGACAUUGCGUAUCACUACCUGGUCGGAGGUAAUGGCAAGGUGUACGCGGGCAGGAGUCCAAGCCAGAAGGGAGCGUUCGCCGCCCCCAACAAUGAGGGAUCGUUGGGCAUUGCUUUCAUUGGGAACUUCGAGGAACAGGCGCCCACCCAAGAGGCCUUGGAUGCCGCCAAGAAGCUGAUCGAACACGCUGUGAAAGAGUCUCAGCUGGGGGAGAACUACAAGCUAUUGGGGCAUCGCCAAGUCAGUGCCACCCGGAGUCCCGGAGAAGCACUCUACACCCUCAUUCAACAAUGGCCUCACUGGUCUGAGCAAAUAUAACGCAUACAAUUUAUUCCUUAAGGAUUCGACACGUAAAGACCACUCCUUACACAUUUAUUUCUGCCGCCUUUUUGCCCGGCCCAAUUGAGGGGCCUGCUCCCCGGGAGCAGUGCACUGGGCCACUAUAGAGAUUUGAGACAUCACAUAGCAUCGUUCACCGAACCGGAACUUCCGCAAGAAACUAAGCUAACUAUACAGAACCCUAGAUGAAGCACGGAACGUAGAUGGAACGAACGUGAACGUAAUCGUAAUGGUAUGCAGAGAAGAAUGCGCCAAACGAGAGGUAAACAAGAGUCGGCAACGUGGCAACACAUGCUGUUACAGAUUACAGAUUUAGAAAAUAUAAAACAAGGAACUAUACAAAA